UAUACGGGUCUCUUUUUCUGCCGUUGCUCACAGACAUAUGAGCAAGAUCGAGAGCGGCCGGCCGUCUUCUCACCAUCUCCGGAGAAACGACGUACGGAGAAGUAAACAAUCUUUCCCGAAAUCUCACUGAGCACAAGACAGAAACUUCACCCAUCUCUGCUUCUCUCUCUCUCUAAAAAUUCAAAUCUUUGCAUCCUCUUGAUGGCGAUGCGACAAUGUCGAGGUUCAGAUGCUGAUCCACUCAAUCGGAGCGCGUAGACACUCGCAACCCCCUCUGUUCUCAUGGAUAUUGUGCAUGGGGCGGAGGUGAAACCUUCUGUAAGUUUAAUCAACAAGAUCUAUGGUGCCUUCUCUGAUGGUGUACAUUUUGCAGCACCAAUCUCCUUUUUGAGAACAUGCGAAGUUGACUUGGUGCGAGGUGUACUGCACAUAUUACAAGGUUUAUCCAGUUCUUUAUUUUAUUGGGACGAUGUUAGACUGACUUACCUUGCCAAAACUGGGAUAUAUGUUACUCACCUUUCGCAGAAAAGUCUACAUGUCAUUCUCAAUCAAUUCAUGUAUGCUGCAACAUGUUUAAGACUGGUAGAAGUGGUAGUCAAUAAAGUGGAGAAAUCUGUCAGGUUACCGUCACCUACUUUGAGGGCAUUUUCAUGCUCUGUUUCGGCUUGGCUUAAGAGAUUACGAGAUGUAGCUUUGAAGGAGGAAGUAAAUAUAAGCAACUUCGACGGUGUAACUUCUCCAACUCUCUUGGGUUUGGCUAGUUCUUUAUCAAGUCUUUGCUCAGGUGCAGACUUUUUACAGCAAAUAGUGCAUGGAGCCAUUCCUAAAGUGUAUUUGGAGACUGGUUCUUCUGUUCCAGCUACUGAAAUUGCUGUUCAUAUUCUUGACCAUCUUUACAAGAAGCUCAAUGAAAUUUGUCCUGUGCAAGGGGGUGAGGAGGAUGCAUACCGGAUGCUACUUUAUAUAUUUGUUGGAAGUCUAUUGCCAUAUAUCGAGGGUCUUGAUUCCUGGCUUUUUGAAGGAACACUUGAUGAUCCCUUUGAAGAGAUGUUCUUUUAUGCUAACAAAGCAGUUUCUGUCAAGGAGGCUGAUUUUUGGGAGAAGAGCUAUCUGUUGAGACAGAGACGUUAUGAAAUACUUAAAGUUUCUGGUACCCCUACAUGCAUACCUUUAACGGAUGACAAGAAGGAAGUGGCAGGAAGAGAAUCCAUCUCUGUGUCUAGCCCUAUAAAAGGAAAAGACCAGAACAAUAGAGAAAUUCAAGUAUGUCCUUUGUUUAUUAAGGAAAUAGCAACGGAAAUUGUUUCUGCUGGAAAAUCGUUGCAGCUAAUUCAACACGCUCCUAUGAUGUUUUUGCGGGGGUCUGGCAGAGGGGCUAAUGAUGAAGUUGGAAACUGCAGAAGCGUUAGUUCCAAUAAUGUUCCGAGCAAGACUGGGUUAACCUUAUCAGAGGUCUUUUGUUUAUCAUUAACAGGUCUUAUUGGGCAUGGUGAUCAUAUCUCUAAGUACUUUUUGCAAGAAGAACCAUUCAACUCCAAAAUUGCCCCUCUGAUUCGACCCUUUGUGGACAUAGAGAAACUUGAAGGAGAGAAUGGUGAGAAUUUGCCAGCCACAACAUGCUCAGAGAAGGUUUGGUAUAAGUUCUUGGUUGAUAUGAAGGACAAGAGCUCUGAUGCGGGUGAGGUGGAUACAUUUUCUUUCAAAAAAUCAUUCUGUCCUGAAAAUCCAGUCAUCACCGUGUGCCAAAAUUCUCUUGAUGAGAACAAGGAUGCCUGGAGUGCAUUGAAUUUGUCUAGUAAUUUCUAUCUUCCACCUCUUAAUGAUGAGGGCUUAAGAAAUACUAUUUUUGGUGGGAAAGGGGAACCUUUUUGUGCAGCAAAAGGAACAAAUUAUACUUCUGGUUUUCAGUUUGGAGAAUCUGGCCAUCUUCGCUCACAGGAUGACACAAAAAUGUUAGAAGUAUUAUUUCCAUUUCCUACUCUUCUUCCUCCUCUUCAGCAGGAGGAGCUUUAUAUUUCCGAGUUCUUACCUUUCCAGAAAAAUAGUAGUCUUCCAUCAAGAGUUCUCAACUGGAUUCAACGUGUUGAGCCAAAAGCUACUCCACUACCUGUGGUUAUUCUACAGGAAUGCCUUGUUAUCUACAUCAAGAAGCAGGUUGACUACGUUGGCAGGAAUAUUUUGUCAAAGUUACUUAACGAAUGGAGACUGAUGGAUGAGCUGGGUGUAUUACGUGCUAUAUACCUGUUAGGAUCAGGUGAUCUGCUGCAGCAUUUCUUGACUGUGAUUUUUGACAAGCUGGAUAAGGGAGAAUCGUGGGAUGAUGAUUUUGAGUUGAACAUGUUAUUACAGGAAUCAAUUGCGAAUUCUGCUGAUGGCAUGCUACUGAGUGCUCCAGAUUCCUUAGUUGUGUCUAUCAGCAAAAAUCAUGGUUUAAGUGCUGAUGAGGAGACGAAUGCAGCUACCCUUGUCUCAACCCCCCGUAAAAGUCGUGGGAAGAGCUUUGGAAUUGAUGGUCUUGAUUUACUGAAUUUCGCAUACAAGGUUUCUUGGCCACUUGAGCUCAUUUUUAAUAUGGAAGCAAUAAAAAAAUAUAACCAGGUCAUGAGUUUCUUGUUGAAGGUCAAGCGUGCAAAAUUUGUGCUUGAUAAAACUCGGAGAUGGAUGUGGAAGGGUAGAGGCACUGCUACAAUCAAUCGUAAGCGUCACUGGUUAGUGGAGCAAAAACUUCUACAUUUUGUAGAUGCUUUUCACCAAUAUGUGAUGGACAGAGUAUAUCAUAGUGCAUGGCGCGAACUCUGUGAGGGUAUGGCCUCCGCUGCAUCUUUGGAUGAAGUCAUAGAAGUACAUGAGGCCUACUUAUUGUCAAUUCAGCGCCAAUGCUUUGUUGUUCCAGAUAAGCUGUGGGCAUUGAUUGCGAGCCGGAUCAACAGUAUUCUGGGAUUAGCUCUGGACUUCUAUUCUGUGCAGCAGACACUCACUAGUGGUGGAGCAGUUUCUGCCAUCAAGGCUAGAUGUGAAAUGGAAGUGGCUCGGAUAGAGAAACAGUUUGAUGAUUGCAUUGCUUUUCUUCUCAGAGUUCUAUCUUUCAAGCUCAAUGUCGGGCACUUUCCACAUUUGGCAGAUUUGGUAACUAGAAUAAACCAUAACUACUUCUACAUGUCCUAUAAUGGCAACUUGAUCACUGCGCCUGGGUCUGAAACUCUCUCUUCUAAGAUGGGGAAAGCUUAUGCUGUUUGAACAAAUUGACUAAAGUCACCUUACUACUUGUACGCUGUUACAUCUUGUACAGAAUCCUAAUACAAAUUUUAGGCUUUUAGCAUGCAUUAUUUUAUGAGAAUAUUUGAGUUCAUUGUCA